GAGAACUAAAGUAACCUAACCAAACAAAACCAACCGGAAGAUCCCGUGCGGUGCGGUGGUAAUGGAACCGGAAGUGAGCAUCGAGGGCUCCGCCAUGAUCCAGGUGGCGGUUCUCCCCAUCGGUCCGGUCCCCCCUAACUCCCUGCGCGACUAUUAUUCCAUGCUCCUGCCACUCCACACGAUCCCUCUCUCCGCAAUCAGAUCCUUCUACACCGAGCACCAGAAAUCCCCCUUCGCUAACCAGCCAUGGGACUCCGGUUUCAUUCGCUUCAAAUUCGUUCUCGGCGGCAACUCUCCGUCUCCGUGGGAGGACUUUCAGUCACACCGCAAGACCCUCGCCGUCGUCGGACUCUGCCAUUGCCCUUCCUCCCCUGAUCUCGACUCAGUCAUUGAUCAAUUCAACGCUUCCUGUAGGUCCUACUCUUCUUCCCUUGUGCAUCGUUGCUUCGCCUUCUGCCCCAACGAUUCCCAGCUUGAGGAAGGAGGAAGGCAAGGGGGGAAUUUGAGGUUGUUUCCACCUGCGGAUCGUCCAACAUUGGAGUUUCACCUCCACACUAUGAUGCAGGAAAUAGCGGCAUCACUGCUUAUGGAAUUUGAGAAAUGGGUGCUACAGGCGGAGUCUUCUGGAACCAUUCUCAAGACACCACUGGAUUCUCAAGCCGGUCUCAGCUCAGAGGAGGUUAUCAAGGCCAAAAAGCGGAGACUUGGACGUGCACAGAAGACAAUCGGUGACUACUGCUUGCUGGCUGGAUCCCCAGUUGAUGCUAAUGCUCAUUAUUCUACGGCAUUGGAACUUUGUAGGUUGACUGGGGAUUACUUCUGGUAUGCUGGAGCAUUGGAGGGUAGCGUUUGUGCCUUGCUGAUUGACCGUAUGGGCCAGAAAGAUUCAGUGGUUGAGGAGGAAGUUAGAUAUCGUUAUAAUAGUGUCAUCUUGAAUUACAAGAAGUCACAAGAUAAUACUCAACGAGUUUCUCCCAUAACUUUUGAACUUGAAGCUACUUUGAAAUUAGCAAGGUUCCUUUGCAGGAGAGAGUUGGCCAAGGAGGUGGUUGAGUUGUUGACCACUGCUGCCGAUGGUGCUAAAUCUUUAAUUGAUGCAAGUGAUAGACUUGUAUUAUAUAUUGAAAUUGCUCGUUUGUAUGGUAAUCUUGGGUACCAGAGAAAAGCUGCUUUCUUUUCUAGGCAGGUUGCUCAGUUAUAUCUUCAGCAAGAAAAUCGAUUGGCUGCAAUUAGUGCUAUGCAAGUUUUGGCAAUGACAACAAAAGCGUAUCAUGUUCAAAGUAGAUCCUCAAUAUCAGAUCAUUCUCAGAAAAAUAAGGGAAACGGAGAUGGUGGGAAAACUUAUCACCAAUCAGCAGUUUCAUUAUUCGAGUCUCAAUGGAGUACCCUCCAGAUGGUUGUGCUGAGAGAAAUUCUGCUCUCUGCAGUUCGUGCUGGAGAUCCUCUUACAGCAUGGAGUGCUGCAGCCCGACUUCUCAGACACUACUAUCCUCUAAUAACUCCUGCUGGUCAAAAUGGCCUUGCAAAUGCCCUUUCAAAUUCAGCAGAUAGGCUGCCACCAGGGACACGAUGUGCUGAUCCUGCUUUACCUUUUAUAAGGUUGCAUUCUUUUCCGCUCCUCCCGAUACAAAUGGACAUUGUAAAACGGAAUCCAUCUAGACCAGACUGGUGGGCAGGUUCUGCUCCUUCAGGUCCAUUCAUUUAUACACCCUUCAGUAAAGGAGAUCCAAUCAAUGUCAAGAAGCAAGAACUUAUCUGGGUUGUUGGAGAGCCUAUCCAGGUCAUGGUGGAAUUGGCAAACCCAUGUGGCUUUGAUUUAAGGGUUGAUAGCAUAUACCUAUCUGUUCAUUCAGGAAACUUGGAUGCUUUUCCCAUGAGUGUAAAACUCUUGCCAAAUUCAUCGAAAGUGAUCACCUUAUCAGGCAUUCCAACAUCAGUGGGGCCGGUUACGAUUCCUGGGUGCAUUGUUCAUUGUUUUGGUGUUAUUACUGAGCAUCUUUUUAAAGAGGUUGACAAUCUGCUUCUUGGGGCCACCCAAGGGCUUGUCCUUUCUGACCCUUUCCGAUCUUGUGGAUCUCCAAAGUUGAAGAAUGUAACAGUCCCAAAUAUUUCUGUAGUUCCACCACUUCCGUUGCUGAUAUCACGUGUUGUUGGAGGUGAUGGUGCCAUCAUUUUAUAUGAAGGUGAAAUUCGUGAUAUAUGGAUAAGUCUGGCUAAUGCAGGCACAGUUGCAAUUGAGCAGGCGCAUAUUUCACUGUCAGGGAAAAAUCAAGAUUCUGUGAUUUCAUAUUCUAGUGAGACUUUAAAAUCUUGCCUCCCUCUAAAGCCUGGUGCUGAAGUGACAAUUCGUGUGACCUUGCGAGCCUGGCAGGUUGGAUCAGUGGAUGUUGAUGCUGGUGCUGGGAAGGCCGUCUCUGGAAGCAAUGUGAGGCACAUCAAAGAUGGAAGCAGUCCAUCACUUAUGAUCCACUAUGCUGGACCACUUCAAACCACUGGAGAUACUCCAGCAAAUGCAUCUACUGUGCCCCCUGGCAGACGCCUUGUUGUUCCCCUGCAGAUUUGUGUUUUGCAGGGUUUGUCUUUUGUAAAGGCUCAGCUUCUUUCAAUGGAAUUUCCUGCCCAUGUCGGUGAAAAUCUUCCCAAGGUUGAUGAUCUAGAUUCCACAGGACAUUUUGACUCUACAACAAACAUGGACAAAUUGGUGAAGAUAAAUCCUUCCAGAGGAAGUUGGGGACUGAGAUUUCUCGAACUCGAGUUAUCUAAUCCAACUGACAUUGCGUUUGAAAUCAAUGUCUCCAUCAAACUAGACAAAUCUAGCAACGAGGGAAAUCAUUCUGCUGAUCAGGAUGCUGCUGAACACAGCUAUCCUAAGACAAGAAUCGAUAGGGAUUGCUCGGCAAGGGUUCUAGUGCCACUCAAGCAUUUCAAAUUACCUGUUCUUGAUGAUUCCUUUUUCAUGAGGGACAAUCAGGCAGAUGGCAGAAGCACACCCUUCUCUCAAAAGAACACAAAAGCCGAGCUCAAUGCUUGUAUCAAGAGCCUUAUCUCCAGGAUCAAGGUUCGGUGGCAUUCGGGACGCAAUAGCUCUGGCGAGUUGAAUAUCAAGGACGCGAUCCAGGCAGCAUUGCAGACAUCAAUCAUGGAUGUCCUGCUGCCAGAUCCACUGACUUUCAUGUUCAGGCUCACUGGACAUGAUGUUGAAUCAGAAAAACCUGAUCCUGAUAAAGAAUCUAAUAUCGUCGAAUCUUCUGUUUCCAGAGGUUCAGUGAUUGCACAUGAAAUGACGCCAAUGGAGGUUCUGGUUCGUAAUAACACAAAGGAUAUGAUCAAAAUCAAUUUCAAUAUUACAUGCAGAGAUGUAGCUGGGGAGAAUUGUGUCGAUGGAACCAAAGCAACUGUUUUAUGGACAGGUGUUCUAAGUGACAUCAGUGUGGAAAUUCCCCCGCUUCAACAAAUCAAACAUUCUUUCUGCUUGCAUUUUCUUGUCCCGGGAGAGUACACACUAUUAGCCGCAGCAGUGAUUGAUAAUCCAAGCGACAUUCUACGUGCUCGUGCAAAGGCCACCUCACCAUCCGAGCCAAUUUUCUGCCGGGGACCACCGUAUCACGUUCGUGUUCACGGAACUGCUUGACAUUUUUUGUUUAUGAAUACGAUGUGAACUUCAUGAGCUUAUAUUUGUAGAUUUAGGGUGUUAUCAUUUGUAUGAGUUUUUCAUAUGAUCCCCCCUGGGUUCUUCUGAUUUAUAUUUCUUGGAGCUGUGCUCUCCAAAUUAAGAAUCCAACUGAAGACAUUGAGGUUUCAACUGUAAAUCAUGUCAAAUUCGAUUGUGCUGUGAUGCGAGAGUUGCCAACGUGCUCAAAUUUAUUAAUAAGUACACAAUUCACACACUAAAGGUUAUUAAAUCUCAUCUCAGUCUUAGCUGGAAUU